AUGUUUGACACACGUACACCGCAGUGUAGCCCGGUGAAUGGGAAAUGUCAAAAAAUCGCAGUAUAACAGUGUGAAGAAGGUAUUGUGAUGUUAUUGUGGUUGAGUUAUCUGAAACAGCUGGAAUUGGCGUGCGCGGAGCUGCCGCCAGGUGGCGCGGCGGACGCCAAAACAAUGUGUGAGGACGAGGAAUGGGGAAACGAGACCGAAGCGAUGCCGGGAGAACCUCGCACGCCGAGCUCAGGAGGCGAGAUAGUCGCGUCCAGCGGUGGCGCGUCGCCAGCAUCUGGGGGCUCCCCUGAAGCUUCGCCGCCUCGAUUACGUCUUAACACAAGUCUGGCGACAGACCCGGCUUUGGCACCCCAAGCAGCACCACUGAAACAUGAACCUCCGUCGCCAUCACCGCCGCCUCCCCCAGCCGCAACUUUGCCACAAGCAAGAGACUACCUUGCGUUAACGGCCAGCUUUCCAGCUCUGUUCCCAACAGCUGCUCCUGGUUAUAUCUGCAAACCUUGCGGCAUUAGAUACUCGUCCCUCAGUACGCUACAAGCGCACCAAGAACACUAUUGUUCCAAUAGAAAUAGACCUAAAACAGCUGAUGGUACUGAUGCAACUACUGAUCCGGGCGCAAUAGAUGAAUCUAGUAGCGAAGCAAAGACGCCCCGACCACCAGGCAGUAAACAAUAUGCCUGUACAUAUUGUUCGUACAGCGCUGAUAAGAAAGUUAGUUUGAAUCGUCAUAUGCGGAUGCAUUCAUCGUCACCUGUGAGCAGCGGAACGCCGGCGCCAACGCCAGCUUUAAAUGGAAAUGAAUCUAAUGACGGCGCACCGAUUCAGGAUCGGUACUGCGCAGAUUGCGAUAUACGCUUCAGUUCAAUAAAGACGUACCGGGCGCAUAAGCAGCACUAUUGCAGCACGAGACAAGUCGUCAAACAAGCAUUAGCUAUUGCUAGAGGCGGCUCAGCAACUUCAGGGUCCGCGCCACCUUCUCCAGGCGCUACACCACCCGCCCAAAAUCAAUAUGCGCUCGCUUUACCAACCAAUCCGAUACUAAUUGUACCAUAUUCACUACUCAGAAGUGCGAGCACAUUACCAGGCGCCACUUUACCAGACCCUGACACGCCGUGUUUUCUAUUGCCGAACGGAACAUUCCAACCUAUUAGCCGAGCAUUGCCGACUUUAAACGCAGAUAGUAAGGAAAGUGAGGUAUUGAAAUCGGCAAACAGACCUCGUGAACCAUCCAGGGACGCCGCCACCCCGCUAGAUCUAAGCGUACGUCGCUCACCUGAGUCGGCAACAACUGACGAACACGAAAAAGAAAAUAGAAUACGAUCAGCCACGCCUGAACAGAUCGUUUGCGCUCCGUCAUUACCGGCCUCGCCCGCUACACCAUCGCCUUCCCGAAGGUCUUCCUCGCCAAACGGAGAGAGUUCCCCAAAGCGACGACGGCUAAGUUCCAGGGGACCUACACCAAAACCACCAAACGUUCCAUCACCACCAGAGGAGAAAUUUUCGCAAACUGUUCCAGCACCAAUUUUACCAUUAGCAUUACGGCUCGCGACAGAACUGCCGGUGACUGUCACAGCCACCUCACCUCAGGUCAUAGUCAAACAAGGAGUCUCGAAAUGCAAAGAAUGCAAUAUUGUGUUCUGCAAAUAUGAAAAUUACCGUAUUCAUAAGCGACAUUACUGUUCUGCCGGAGGGGGUGAGGAGCGAGCGAGUCCUGCGCCACCAGAGCCUGGGCCGCCGCCGCAGUAUCGUCAGUUGAUCUGUUUAGCGUGUGGUAUACACUUCAGUUCGUUGGACAACUUGACCACUCAUCAGUCGUAUUACUGUACGAAGAGGGAAACUAGAUCUCCUAGAAGUAUGCCAGAGGUACCGCGGCCGGCAUCAGCGUCCGAGGGUGGUUGGAAGUGCCCGUGCUGUGACGUGGUGUCGCCCACGGCUGCUGCAGCCCAAAGGCACAUGGAAGCCCACGCAGGCGUGAAAGCAUUCCGCUGUACGAUCUGCCGGUACAGGGGCAACACGCUUCGGGGAAUGCGGACGCAUAUCCGCAUGCAUUUCAAUAAUAAGAAACCAGCUGAUUUGCAGGAAGAGAGCUACAUAGCAUGCGUGCUAGAAGAAGACAACCGGGAGACCACUUCUCCAAGCCCAGCGGUGGGCGGCGAACGCAUCCAUCGCUGUGGGAGUUGUGCCUACACUUCCACCUACAGGGGCAAUGUCGUCAGACAUGGCCGCUUGGUCCACGCCAUCGACGAACCCGAGCAAGAAGAACAGACCUCGCCUGUGCCUGUCGUCGAUAUUAAAAAAGAACCAGAGGCAGAGGUUGAAGAAACCCCCAACUACUGCAAGUCCUGUGACAUAUCGUUCAAAUACGUGAACACUUACAAAGCACACAAGCAAUUCUACUGCACGGCAAACAACCAAGAUGCCAGUGCCAAUAAUAACGUGCCAGCACCACCGCCUACCGCGCGCGUCAACGACACUCCUGUGCUAUGAACUAAAAAAAGUUGAAAGAGGCGCGAAAAGUGACGUUCUAAAAUUGAACUUUUAAUUUUUAAUCAUAACAUCGCUGGCAAAACAUUAACGCUUGAGUUGCUUCACGAAUUAAAUUAUCUUGUAACUAUAAACGUAAUUAGAAUAAUUAAAAAUGUAUCCCCUCGUUUUUCGGAUUUAAUAAUCAAAUUAUGUGCAAUAUCUGAUAUAAUAUUCGAUUUAAAAAUCGUUCAGCAUAUCAAAGCCAAAUUGAUGUUUCGUAAUAACAUAGUGAGCGAAUAUACAAGAAUGGACUUAAUGUGUCUAAUCGCAUAUGUAUAAAUCCUCAAGUAUAUUAGAAUUUUGUUACAAAACUUGUUGUGUAAAUUUAAUAAUACCUAGUUAGAAAAGUUAACCUCUUCGUCUUUGUAUUAGUAUACGUUAAAAAUUACCAAAUUGUAAAUACAUGUAAAGAUAUUAUUACACUAACUAAAUUUUAUUACCAUUUGUUCUAAGUGAUUGUUCUUUCUUUGUUGUUAAUUUUGUUUAAUACUUAUUGAAUAUUCUUAGGCGAAGUUUGUCCGCUAAGCAGUACUUGCCCAUUCCACGAGAUUAUACCUACCAGUGGUUGCAAACACAUUGUGAUUUAAUAAUGGUUGGUAUUUCAGUACCUAAGCUUAGCUUGGUAGCAACACUGAUCUUAAUUACAUAUCAACGUGUAAUUAUUCAACAAACAUUUACUAUGUAGGUAUGUUGUAAAUAACAUACAAAACAUUUAGAUAGUUAUUGUGGAUAGCUUCCGCGUAAAUUGGCUAUUACCAAACUUUAUAAAAUCAAGAUCAUAAACACAAAAAAACCUAUUACUGAGACUUAUUUAUGAAUAAGUUGCGCACUUCUCAACUAACAGUGAUUCUAUUUUCGCCAAAAUUACAUUUUUUAUAAUACAUAUAUUGGUAAUAGCUAAAUGAUUAAUGUUUAGACAAAAAACUCCUGAUAAUGUUAUAAUCUCGAUUGUAAAUGUAUUCUGUAUAGCAAAAUACCAUGUUUCGUUAUGCCAAAGCAUCGCUAGAGUAAUUGUAAUUUGCAUUUAUAGAUAUCUCACUAAUUAUAGUUGUACAGUCUUGCUAAUAAUUAUGGAAUGCUUUUAGUGUAACUCUUCUGCUACUGUGAAAUAUAUACAGCUAUCACAAGAAUAAUCCUAAAGGUAUCAUACGGAAUAAUGCCGAAGUUUUAGAGACUUAUGAAAAUCAGAUUUUUAUGCAUCUUAUUAUACAAAAAAAAAAGGUGGUUAGACGUAUAGUUUGCUACAUUGGAAUCUACACGUAUGCAAAUAAUAUAAUAUCAGUAACUACAUUCUUUUCCAACAUGAAGCACGGAUAAAAACAGUACCAUUACAAAGUUGUUUUAAAGUUAAUCAAUAGUCGCUAGCAAAUUUUUUAUUAAAUGUUAACUCAGCAUUCCAUAAUUAUUAAUCAAGCCAUUAGAGUUAAGUGAAUACAAGACUUAUUUCGUAGGGAUCUACGUACGAUACGAUAUAUGUAUUCAUUUGUGUCUGUCUGUUUGGAUCUCCGCGAUUCUACUGCAAUAUACAAGCAGCCGGAGUUCGGUACUUCCAAUUUUGUGACGUUUCUGUUAAGUACAGGCCGGGGACGAAAGAGACGUGACGAUAAACUGACUUUUAUCAAUUUACGUGUAGUGCAUCCAGAGAUAUGUUAAAACCAGCGCCAUCUAUCGGGACAUUGUGACGGCCUCUGUGGCGCAGCGGUAUUGCGCUUGUCUUUGACACCGGAGGUCCCGGGUUCGAAUCCCGGCCAGGGCACGGUGAGAAACGAACUUUCUCUAAUUGGCCUGGGUCUUGGAUGUUUAUAAGUAUUAUUAUAAAACAAAGUAUCGUUGAGUUAGUAUCUCGUAACACAAGUUUCGAACUUACUUCGAGAUUAACUCAAUCUGUGUAAUGGCCUGUAAAUAUUUAUUUAUUUAACUGUUUGAUUGUUCCAACGUCCUCCACAUACGUAAACACAAUGACACAAAUUAAAGAUUAAAGAGAAGUAUACCAUUUCUGUAUCGUGGAUACAUAUCGAGGUUGUAUACAAGAUAAUACCUAUUCUAAAGGACCAUUUUGCAACUUAAUAACCGAAUAAGCUAUACAAUUUUUACUAAAUAAGAUAAUUAUAUGAGAUUUAUAAGUAUUCUACACAUAAAAUGAUGAAAUCAUAACCACUCUCUGUACACUAUCUACUGUUUUAUAGACAUAAACAAAAGUGUUAAUUUAUCGAAAGUCCUUUCGUUCACGGCCGUAAAUUAGACGUAAUUGAUCAUGACAUUAAGAAAUUCAUAUGGAAAAGCAUCUGAUGCGAUGUGCCAUAAACCGGUUCUAGGGAUUGUUUAGAUUUAAUCUAAGCUAGGUACAGUCUACAUACUAUCCAACUACAUUCAUUCACAUUAUAUCAAUAAAUGUGAGUAGAGAUAAGAGUACGGCUGUACACGAAGUCGACAUCUCGAAUAAAUCCGUUAAUUCCUACCGAUUUCUUAAGUAAGUACAUUCAGAGCAAAUGUAACAAUAUUAUAGCAAGUUAUUUUCAAUCCCUUUUUCGUUUUUUUGAAACCUGAUAAGGAUCUAAUAGAUGUAUUAUUUUGUCUAUGGUUUGAUUUUAAUAAUUUCAAUAGUGAUACUAUGUGUUAUAGCCGUUGUCCUUUAGUUGCAUUUGUCCUGGCUGACCUUACAUUUUAUUCCAAUGAUUUUAUUCAGACAAGAAGAACGAUACAGUUUUCAAAUUGAGUUUUCAAGGUGUAAAUACAUGAGUUCAUUUAACAAUAGAACUUCAAAAUGGCCGGCGCAUAAAAGCGAUGUGAUGGGGUUAUUGCGAAUUUAGGGUAACGCUCAUUUAAAUUAACGCAAUUCCAUAAAAAAUACACUAAAAUUUUAUUUCAUUGUUUUAAGAUUUUUAAGUGACAUUAAAUACUGUGAAAAAAAUAUGACAUUUACGCUCCGGAGUUGCCAGCCGCGCUGCAUUAAAAUUUAGUUUAAAAAUCGCCUUAAUUGCGUUACGGUUUUUACGCGCUGGUCAUAUAAUUAUCCAAAUUAAUGUCGAAAAACAGAAAUCGGUGUUGAAUGUAAUCGUGUAAUGUUAAAAGUGAUAACCGUAAUGUUAAUAACUGGGAUAGGCAAUCGAUGAUAUUGUAAUAUACGCCAGACAAUAAAUUAUUUA